AUGAAUCAGCCUUCGCAAGCUGGCCAGUCGUCAUCGUCGGAAGAGCCGGCCGCUGCGUCUCCUCCUCGUCAAAAGGCGCAGUGGAUGUAUGCCAGUGGGGACGCUUGGGCUACUUUCCAGCCUCAGGACAAUGACAAGCUCGAAGAGAGGUGGAAUAAGCUCGGUGGUGAGGAAUGGGCUCGCUCUCAUCGAUCGCAGUCACCCGAUCACGACGAGAAGCAGCAGACGACCUCGUCCUCGCCCCGUGCUCCUCCUUCAGGCGUAGAAGCGGUUCAGUCGGCUCUUUCGGACUCUGCAGACCCAUCUCACACCGACAAGCGCUCCUCGCGCUCUGCAAAGAGCCAUCGUAAGCCCUCAAACGAUUCAUGGCUCAACGGCUUGCAACAAUACGUCCCCUUCAUCAGCAAUGUACGCUCCGAUGCCGAUAGCGACGAUGGCUCACAGUCCCAAUCUGCUCAACCGGAUAAUUCCACCAACGAAACGUCCAAUUCGGAACCGGACAAGAUCCACGUCAAUUACAUUCUCGAUCCCGAUGAGCCCGAGACGGAGCGAGUCGCCAAGGUAGAGGUCAUGGAGGAUAAUCUCUUCGAUGUCGACCUCGAGUCCAUGACGCUCUAUCCCGUCUUCUGGAAAGGCGUCUUGCUCAAAGUCGUGCGCGCGACCUGGUUCUACUCGUCCCUCACUGACGGUUCCUACGCACCCAUCAGCUGGGAUGAUUCGCUCUCGCACGAUCUCGAUAAUGCCUACGCCGAAGCUCGCCCUUGGCUCAAAAUCUCGGAUUCUCGCGACGACUCCGAUCGAGGCGAAGAGACCGACAGAACCGAGCUUCAUCCGCUUCCGAGCAUGAAAGACCAAGGCCAAGUCUCGUUUCAGGAUGCAGAGGUCGGGCGUAUCUUUUCUCAAGAUCUACGAGGUCGUUUCCUGUCUGUCCUUGGCGGAUCGAUCGUUGUUCGAGGCUUUGAUCGCGCCGAGCAGAUCGCCGAGCAGAAAUCAUCUGGUGCCCUCCUACCCCUUUCACUGCCAUGGGCCAAUGACGACCAGAGCACUACCCAAAAGGGCAGCGAGGCUCAACGCCAAGGCUCCAGUGUUGGCGCUCGGUCUGCAUCGAAACGCGAAGGCGCAGCUGACGCUUCUUCUGCUCCUCCAUCCGGCGGAGGCGCGGACGGUGCACAUCGCGCCCAGCCUUCGUCCAGUGGAGAUCAGGACGAGCGAAGAUCCUUUGCUGCCAAGCUCGUGCCUUCUAGCGAUGCAGCUCUACGACCUCUGGUCACACUCAAGAAGCUGUUCGGCUAUGACGAGAACCAGGCUUCCGACGAAGAGAAGCGCAAGGUCAAACAGCAGAUGACCGAGGACGAACUGGAUCGACAGAGACGCUCCGAAAACGAUCCAGCCCUCUUGCCCGAUGAUCGUAAGGACGAGCCGCCUGAGCUCGUGUUUGCCAUACAUGGGAUUGGUCAGCAGCUGACGGAGGACUUUGAAGCGCUAGAUUUCGUCUAUGAUGUAGAGCAUCUUCGCAACCUUGCAAGCGAAAACGCCCGGGAUCCUGCCAUUCGUCGAUUGUCGCGAGGGCGUAGAGCUCAAUUCAUCCCCAUCUGCUGGCGCAGGUUUGUGCAUUUUGACGACGAGCCAGAGAGCAACGACAACUUCUAUACACUCAACGACAUCACCAACACUGCAGCCAUCCCACUCGUUCGCAACGUCAUCACCAAAGUCGUACUUGAUGUGCCCUUUUACCUUUCUCGACAUCGCAAAAAGAUGAUCGACUCGGUCAUCUCGGAGCUCAACCGUACCUAUCGGCUCUUUUGCCGUCGCAAUCCAAACUUUGAAAAGAAAGCGGGGCGUGUAUCCAUCAUUGGCCAUUCCCUCGGAUCUGCCUUGUCCGCAGACAUCCUUUCAGCGCAGCCCUCUAGGGUGCCGCCACUAUCCGAAGUAGAGCGAAGCGAUCAGGAAGCCCUCCGCCGCAACGAUCGCCUCCAUUUCAACGUCAAAAACCUUUUCUUUAUCGGCUCACCUGUUGCAUUCUUCUUCCACCUCAACGGCGGCCAACUCAUCGCAAGGAGUGGGACAGAAAGACAUCCCAACAACGACUCAGAUGCUCUCGACGAGGAAAUCGGCCGAUAUGGCUGCCUUGCUGCUGAGAACGUGUACAAUGUCUUCAACCCUAACGAUCCCGUGGCCUUCCAGCUGGCACCUACGGUUGACUCGGCCUACGCCAAGCUCAUAAAACCGCUCUCGAUUGAGAGCGCCACCGAUGCUCUCCUGCGAUCCCUGUCUAUGCCACGCAUUAGCGUCAGUCGGGUGUUCGAAAAGUACAAAGAGCAUCCAUUCCAGGGGGCGGGUAAGAUGAUGCGACGAGCAAGGAUUUUGGAAGGUGACUCAGGAGCGCUUCCUGCCGAGCUUUCAGGGGAUGAGAAAAAGCAGGCGGCGCAGAGGGAGACGGGCAAGCGAACGGUAGAUGCCUCCGACUAUCUUCAGACCGUGCGGAAGUGGCAUCAUCUGCAAACGGGUGGCUCGGAGCCGAUCGAGUCUGGCGCAGCCACUCCAGAGAAGCGGGAAUUGGAGACGGAAAAGGGUGCACGGAAGAAGCAGCUGCAGCCCGAGAUGGCUUUCCGCACCUCUUCUGUUCCGGACGACGAGGGGGACGAGAAGCAUACUUUCGAUCUGGAGUCGCUCGAGCGCGCCGAACGCCGCUUCCGCGCGCUCAACCCACACGGGUGCAUCGACUACCAUCUAUCGGCUAGUAUCAGUCUGAGUGGAUACAUCGACAUGUUUGGAGCUCACUUGUCGUACUGGACCCACCAGGACUUUGCUGUAUUUGUGCUGACUCAGCUGUUUAUGGAUUUCACCAAGAGGGACGAGGUGACGAUUGUGCCGCAGCUUCAAGGCGUCGAUGGCGGCGAGGGAAGUGAUGGGGAAGAAGACGAAGAUUCGGAUGAGGAGGAGAGUGAGGAAGAAGAGUGA